UCCACGUGAGACUGGUGUGUUUCUAUUGAUCGCAUCUCCGUGUUGACAAACGCCAGUGCUUGUGCUUUGCAGUCCGGGGCUGCAGUUUGCAGUGAUGCUAAAGGAUGUGCUGCUUUAAUUCAACGUCAGAUCAAGUUUGAUCAAUUACCCCCCUACCGGCCCAAUCGGAAGAGCCUUAUUCGAGAUCUGAUCAUUUUCUUUUUCUUUUGCUCGCUGGUUCUCUCUUUUCCCUCCACUUACCCACCAUCUUUGGGAAAAGUCCCUCCGAUUUUCCUGGGGUUUUUUGAUGGUUUGUUUUUUUUUUUGUGAGGGGAGUGAGUGACAACGAGAGAAACCGCUCUUGUAAUCCGAGUUUCCAGCCAAUGAACCUUCCUUCCAGGUUGGUUUGAAGACAGAAGUGAAGCGGGGGGUGGGGGCAGAGGAGGAGGAGGAGGAGGUGGAAGAGAGUGUGGAAGAAAGAGCGAGCGGAGAAGAGGUGCAGGGGGAGCUGGCAAAUUAUUAUUAUUUUUUUGGCUACUCCCGAGUCGCGCCCAUGCUUCUGUCAGUUUUGUUUUAGGAAUUGCAUGGCAAGGCUGAAGAAAAUGGGACAAAGCGUGUUCCACACUGUCUGCCUAUUGGUGCUGGGGCUUUUGGGUGAUUCUUUCGGAGGAUUUCCCAACACCAUCAGUAUAGGUGGACUUUUCAUGAGAAACACGGUUCAGGAACACAGCGCUUUUCGGUUUGCUGUGCAGUUGUACAACACAAACCAAAACACCACCGAAAAGCCCUUCCAUCUGAAUUAUCACGUAGACCACUUGGAUUCCUCCAAUAGCUUUUCUGUGACUAAUGCUUUUUGUUCACAGUUUUCCAGAGGAGUGUAUGCCAUCUUUGGAUUCUAUGACCAGAUGUCAAUGAACACCCUGACAUCGUUCUGUGGAGCACUGCAUACCUCAUUCGUCACACCGAGCUUCCCAACGGAUGCCGACGUGCAGUUUGUCAUACAGAUGCGGCCGGCAUUAAAAGGAGCCAUCUUGAGCCUUCUGACACACUACAAAUGGGAAAAGUUUGUGUACCUCUAUGACACCGAAAGAGGAUUUUCCAUUCUUCAAGCAAUUAUGGAGGCUGCAGUGCAAAAUAACUGGCAAGUGACCGCCAGGUCUGUGGGAAGUAUCAAGGACGUUCAGGAAUUUAGGCGGAUCAUAGAAGAAAUGGACAGACGCCAAGAAAAAAGAUAUUUAAUUGACUGUGAAGUAGAGAGAAUAAACACCAUUUUGGAACAGGUGGUAAUCCUGGGGAAGCAUUCGAGAGGUUAUCACUACAUGCUUGCUAACCUGGGUUUCACAGAUCUCGUUCUGGAGAGAGUAAUGCACGGAGGGGCCAACAUAACUGGAUUCCAGAUUGUCAACAAUGAGAACCCUAUGGUCCAGCAGUUUCUACAACGCUGGGUGAGGCUGGACGAGCGGGAGUUUCCUGAAGCCAAGAACUCACCAUUAAAGUACACAUCUGCAUUGACGCACGAUGCAAUACUAGUCAUAGCUGAAGCUUUCCGCUAUCUAAGGAGGCAGCGGGUGGAUGUAUCCAGAAGAGGCAGUGCCGGAGACUGUCUAGCAAACCCCGCGGUACCCUGGAGCCAAGGGAUUGAUAUAGAGAGAGCACUAAAGAUGGUUCAAGUGCAAGGAAUGACUGGAAACAUCCAGUUUGACACCUACGGACGCAGGACAAACUAUACAAUUGAUGUUUACGAAAUGAAAGUCACUGGAUCUCGGAAAGCUGGUUACUGGAACGAAUAUGAGAGAUUUGUACCUUUCUUAGAUCAGCAAGUCAGCAAUGACAGCACAUCUGUAGAAAACCGAACAAUAGUAGUGACAACUAUUCUGGAAUCUCCGUAUGUGAUGUACAAGAAGAAUCACGAACAGCUAGAAGGAAAUGAAAGAUAUGAAGGCUAUUGUGUAGACUUAGCUUAUGAAAUAGCCAAACAUGUGGGAAUAAAAUACAAACUAUCAAUUGUCGGAGAUGGGAAAUAUGGAGCAAGGGAUCCUGAAACAAAGAUCUGGAAUGGCAUGGUUGGGGAACUGGUCUAUGGGAGAGCAGAUAUAGCUGUUGCCCCACUCACCAUAACACUGGUUCGGGAAGAAGUCAUAGACUUUUCAAAACCCUUUAUGAGUCUGGGCAUCUCCAUCAUGAUAAAGAAGCCUCAGAAAUCCAAACCUGGCGUGUUCUCAUUUCUGGAUCCUUUGGCUUAUGAGAUUUGGAUGUGUAUAGUCUUUGCUUACAUUGGCGUCAGCGUAGUGCUUUUCCUAGUCAGCCGAUUCAGCCCCUAUGAGUGGCACUUGGAAGACAACAACGAAGAACCUCGAGACCCUCAGAACCCGCCCGAUCCUCCAAAUGAAUUUGGAAUAUUUAACAGCCUUUGGUUUUCCCUGGGUGCCUUUAUGCAGCAAGGAUGCGAUAUUUCCCCAAGAUCUCUCUCAGGGAGAAUUGUUGGAGGAGUCUGGUGGUUCUUCACCCUAAUCAUAAUCUCUUCCUACACUGCCAACCUUGCUGCUUUCCUUACUGUGGAAAGGAUGGUCUCUCCCAUAGAAAGUGCUGAGGACCUGGCUAAACAAACUGAAAUAGCCUACGGCACCCUGGACUCGGGCUCAACCAAAGAAUUUUUUAGAAGAUCCAAAAUAGCCGUCUACGAGAAAAUGUGGUCGUACAUGAAAUCGGCAGAGCCGUCGGUUUUUACCAAAACAACAGCAGACGGGGUGGCGAGAGUCCGGAAGUCGAAGGGAAAGUUCGCCUUCCUGCUCGAGUCGACCAUGAAUGAGUACAUUGAGCAGAGAAAGCCGUGUGACACGAUGAAAGUUGGUGGAAACCUGGAUUCUAAAGGCUACGGUGUGGCAACUCCCAAAGGCUCAGCAUUAAGAUCCCCCCGCUGCCGGAAGCACGUCAAAAGAGGAGCAGCUGAGAACGCUGGCUACUUCUGCCCGAGUUGGUUUUACUCCCUCCUUGGUGUCGGGCAUGACACAUGUAUUGCUGAUGGUGCAAUGAACUUUUAAUAGGAAAAACUGAUUUUCUUUCUCCUUCAGUGCCUUAUGGAACACUCUGAGACUCACAACAAUGCAAACCAUCACUGAAAUAUUCUUGCUUUGCUUGAAAAAAAAAUGGACAUACAAGAUUCUAGUAUGUGAAAAAAAAUAUUCUUGUAAAAAAAAUUCAACAAAAAGCCAUCCUUUGAUACCACUGCACAGUCUGUGAACUUCAUGUUCUUUAAAAAAAAAAAAGUCAGAAUCAGCAAGUACCCUAACUGGUCUCAAAAUAAUUCACUCUUCUUGAUUUAAAAAAAAAUAAAUAUCUGACUCCCUUUGCCUGGGAAUACAGACUGGCAAUUCUUAUGGGAUCUGCUGACUAGAGGUUUUUGGUAGUUCCAAUUGGUGGCAAUUUUCUGGAAGUUCCAAAAUCCUUCCAUGUGAUUAAAAUGUAUAUCAAAAAAAGGUGAACGCAACAUUGAGAAAAGGACAUUCAAACACUUCUCAAAAUGGACUAAAUUAGAAUUCCUGGAUGCUUAAAAACAACUGAUUUGUGAAAGAGGUUGGUUCCUCCCACGUCUGUAAGGAGAUGAAUUGAGCUGUACAGCUACUCUGUGUAGCACAUUAACAGGACACUUUAUCAGGCAUAUUUAUGGGUGCUUUAUUUGCAAGGUGUAAAAAGGCUUUCAAAGAAGCCAAAGAUUUAGGUCCAUCUCUAUUUUUUUUUGCUCAACUAUAUAUUUUCAUUCAAAAUAACUGAACUUAUUUAAUAUUGAGGUGAGUGAAGUGCUUCACAGACACGGCCAGCCUGGUAACACUGUGUUUCGCUCUGCUUCUCGGAUCAUUCUACUUGGAAAACGUACACAGAGAAAGCAGGAAAGUGUCUCCACUCUGGCCUUCCGUGUCACCCUACAAUUCCAUGAUCUAAAUUGAUUCUCACUAUUUUAGUUCUACCAGCUUUCGCCAGGAGUUCCAAGACUCCUCAUCAAGAGAUGCAUGUGUCCUUUUCUAUUUUGCAAAGACUAAACUGUGUUCCAAAUUCUACCGCUUAAACAUAGGUCCUCAGCAUUCCUCAUUGCCAGGUUCUCCAAUAUGGGCAAUUUCUCCACCUUAACUCUGCCAGAAGACUAUUUAAACUGCAUCUUUUUAAAAAAAGGAAAACGCAUUCUGUAGGAAACAAUUUGAAGAAGUCAAAGGAAGUGUUUGCAUACUAAUUACCUCUUAUAUAACAACCUAGGCUUUCAGUAGUUCAGUAGUCUUAUCUCAUUGAUAAUGUGCAUUGGGAAGUCACUCGAAAGAAAUGAUAAUGAGCAAAGAUUCAUUUGGAAAGCAGGACCCUUGGGCUCUUAGUUUACUCAUAGUGUAUUUGACCUUUCUUCAAAAGGAAAAGUGUAAUAUAGAUAAACUUCCAUCCCAAAAAUAAUUUCAUAAACGAACAAUUAACUGGUCAAAUUUUUAAAAAUGAUAUUGAACAAGAGAAAAUUGUUGUGUUGUUCUUUUUUUUUCAUGAAACUGUGAUUUUCAACUCUGAAUGCUAUAAAGUUCCCCAAAGGGAAGCAAAAACAGUGCGAUUAAAAAAGUUGUAUUUAAAAAAAAUCAAAUCUUUUCUUAGAUGCUGUAUAAAGAGAAAUGUAUGUUUAUCAAAUCAAAUCAAUUUUUAAGAGUGGAAACUUCACUGCGGUGGAGAGGUUUGGUAAUUGGUUUGUUAUUUUUUAAAAACUUGCAUGUAAAAACAAAAAAAGUGUUGGUUGCUUCAAAUUCCUGCUACUAACUUCAAGCUACGGGAGUUCAGCAGUAGUUACUUGAGGAUUUUUUCCUAUAUUUUUCUUUUGUCGUUAGAACUGCACUUCAGUGAACAGAAAAAUUGCCAAGCAAAUUAAUGGCUGUAAAAGCAUAAACUGCAUGUGUGGGCAUAAAUUACCAGGCCUCAUUUUAAUGAGGUGUUGUACAAAGAGUUUUAAUACAUUUUGUAAAUAAAAUUGUAAAGAAAACAA